AUGGGCCUUAUGAUGGGUGAUCUGGUGCCGAGCGCCCGUCUCGCGGCGGAGGAGGCCGAGGCGCCGCGCCGGAGCAGCAUGGCGUCCGAGGAGGCGCUGCAGCAGCUGCUCGAUGUGGCGGAGACGCUGCGCACAGAGCAGCUGUGCGCCAUCAUCGAGGCGCAGGCGGGCGCGAGCGCCGCCGCGCUGCGCGUGGCGGAGGAGCACGCCGCUCGGCUCGUGGAGCAGCCCGAGUGGGUGCUCUCCGAGGUCCUCCUCUCGCCGGACCUCGCCCCGCACAUCCUCGCCCAGCUGCCGACCAAGGAGCACGCCGUCAAGGGGACAUUAGCGGGUUGA